GAGCUUUACGGUUCCAGCUCCUGCUAUCGACGGCCUGGACGAUCUAGGCAGUAUCACAGUUGAGCUCAACAAGCAAAGCUUCUACGUGAAGAAAGCCUUUGCAAAAUGCCCUGGUGUGGCGGUUGACGGCAAAGAUGGAUCUACGCUGGCUUGGUCUCGUGGCAAGCUUUCUACAGUGUGGGAGCUCGCGAAAUUCCUGGCGGGCUGGCAGCAGAUGUCUCCAGCUGUGGAGGCUUGGCUGAAGGAGCGAUGCGGCUGA